GGUGCCAAGAUGGCGGCGCCCAUCAGCCGGGGCGGCUCCGAGCCCGGCGCGGCUCCGUACGGGAACUUCCCGAACUAUUCCCGCUUCCACCCGCCCGAGGGCCGCAUCAGCCUCCUGCCACAAGGGCUCCUGCGCAGCCUCUUCCCCGCGGCCACCCGCCCGCUGCUCGGGCUCGAUGUGGGCUGCAACUCCGGGGAGCUCAGCGUGGCUCUGUACCAGCACCUGCUGGGGCUCCAGGACGGCAGUUCCAGCCCGGAGCCACCAGGAGCCGACAAGGAGCUGAAGCUGCUGUGCUGUGACAUCGACCCCGAGCUGAUCCGGAGGGCCCAGCAGAGCAGCCCCUUCCCUGCCUCCAUCUCCUUUGCCAGCCUGGACAUCAUGGACCCGGGGGCCAGGGAGCCCUUCCUGAGCUCCUUCCUGCAGCGCUUUGGCCGCUCCUCCUUCGACAUCGGCUUCUGCAUGUCUGUCACCAUGUGGAUCCACCUGAACCACGGCGACCGGGGCCUGCUGGACUUCCUGGCCCUGCUGGCCUCGCUCUGCACCUUCCUGCUGGUGGAGCCCCAGCCCUGGAGGUGCUACCGGGCGGCCGCGCGCCGGCUCCGCAGGCUGGGCCGCGACGACUUCGAGCAUUUCCGAUCCCUGCGGAUCAACGGGGACAUGGCCGAGAGCAUCACCCGCAUCCUGACCCAGGAGUGCGCCAUGGAGCUCGUCUGCUCCUUCGGCAGCACCUCCUGGGACAGGAGCCUGCUGCUCUUCAGGUCCACCACUGCCCGUGCCCAGGGCUCUGACUGAGGAACUGUGGGGCAGAGCUGGGAGUUCCCAAAUCCCUGCUGGGACUGCACCUUGGCUUCCUGUGGGAAUCCAGGGCAAGGAAUGUCUGGGACUGAUUUUUUUGGACAAUUAAUUAAGAACGCACCAUUUGAUAAACAGAUCUGCACAACACAUUCCACAUGGAGCAGCCUGGGAGAGUUGAAGGUGUUCCUGGGGAUGGGAUGGAUUUUAAGGUCCCUUCCCAUCCAAACCAUUGAAGAUAAGAGUUGUUUCUCAUUCUUGUCUUCUCACAGCCUUCCCCAGAGCCAUGCCUGGGAGGUUGUGCCUCUCUCUGUGGCCACAGAGCUGCUGCCCCAUGUGGGAUCCACUCCAGGUGCUCAGGGAGCACCAAUUUUGUGGGGUGGGAGGUUGUUCAAGGAAGUGCUCCUGGAAUCCAAGUUCCUCCAUGUGCUUUCCAGAAUAUUCCCUGGAAUUCCAGUCCCUCAGAGGCCUGCCCUGGAUCCAGGUGUGGCCUCACUUGGCCCAGCCAAGGUGAAUUAUUGAUCCCACCUGAAACCCACCCUGCCAGACAGUGCUGCUGUUCCUGGAAUGCCAGGGAACAUGGCCAAGGAAAUGUAAAAUGUCCUGACUGGAGUAGCCUCACAAGGAUCCUCCAGUCCAGCUCCUGGCCCUGCACAGGACAUCCAAAAAAAAUCCCACUAGUCCCAAAAUCCUGAUGCCCAAGUUGUCCAGACAUUCCCAAACCUCCAGAAUCAUGGAAUAUCCAGAGCUGAAAGGGACCUGUGAGGGUAACAAAGUCAUGGAACAUCCAGAGUUGGAAGGGACCCACCUGGAUCAUCAACUCCAACUCCUGGCCCUGCACAGGACAUCCCAAAAUCCCACCCAGUGCCUGAGAGUGUUGUCCAAGCACUCCCUGACCUCCAGAAUUAUGGAAUAAUCAGAGUUGAAAGGGACCCACAAGGAUCAGAGUCAUGGAGUACACUCAGUUGGAAGGGACCAACCCAAAAAUCCCCCUGAUCCCAAAAUCCCAGCACUCUGAGCUCUGGUUUCCUGGGGCUGUCACCAUUCCCUGGGGAGCUCUUCCCCUCUGGAUGAGGAACCUUUUCCCAAAAUGCACCCAAAGCUCCCCCAGGGCUGGGCUGAGGCACCUGCAGGACAAUCCCCAAUCCCCUUCCUGGCCCCAGCAGCCCUGGCUGAACUCUCCAGGACAGGGGUUCAUCCCUAACAGUGAGUGCUCUUGGGAAUGAUAUCCUGGAAUAAAAAUCACUGAAUUUUAUCCCAAAUUCCGUGUUGGGAAUGAUAUCCUGGAAUAAAAAUCACUGAAUUUUAUCCCAAAUUCUGUGUUGGGAAUGAUAUCCUGGAAUAAAAUAUCACUGAAUUUUAUCCC